AUGCCGGAGGGAGCGGAGGCAGCGCCCCCGCCGAUGCCGGCCAAGGAGGAGGCUCGCCCCCCGCCCGAGGGGGCCAGCUGUGAGCCCGGCGCCGCCGCCGCCGCCCCCCCCGGCUCUCCGUGCCGCCCCCCGCCCGCGGAGCCGCUGGACGCGCGCAUCGUGAUGGGCGAGGAGACGCGCAGCGCGCCGCCCGAGCCGCGGGCCGCGCCCCCCGGGCCCUGCCCCUUCCCCGCGCCCCCCAAGGAGCCGCCCCCGGGCCGCCCCCCCGCGCUCGACCCCGAGCUCUUCUUCACGGCGCCCUCGACGCCGGUGCGGGCGGGGGGGCCGCGGCCGGGCCCGCCCGAGGAGCCGGCGGACGCGGACAGCGAGGGGCUCUGCUCGCCCCCCACGUCCCCCUCGGGCUCUUACAUGACGGCCGAGGGCGGCAGCUGGGGCUCCUCGGGCACCGCCAGCACCUCCCCGUCCUGCUCCCCCAACCUGGCGGCCGAGGCCGAGGGCCUGGGGGAGGCCGAGGCCGAAGGGCUGGGGGGGGCCCUGGGGCUGCCCCCCGGCCUGGGGGACCCCCCGGCCUUCCCCCCGCUGUCCCCCGAGGAGGAGGAUGACGACGAGGAGGACGAUGAUGACGAGGACGGGCCCUUCGCGCCGCCGGGCUGCGCGGAUGACGAGGAUGAUGAGGACGGGCGGACGCCGGAGGAGGAGGAUGAGGACGAGGGCUCGGGGCUGAUCCCGGCGGCGCUGCUCCCGUUCCGGGGCAGUCUCCUCUUCCAGGCCGAGGCCGUGGAGAUCUCACCCCGGGCCGUCCCCGAGGAGGAGGAGGAUGAAGGCAGCACCUCGGCGUCCUUCCUGCGCUCGCUGUCCGAGAGCUCCAUCCCCGAGGGCGGGGACGAGGCCUUCGCCUUCCGCGACGACACCGACGCCUCCUCGGACUCGGCCGCCUACGACGGGGACGAGGACGAGCGGCUCUACGGCAGCGAGCGGCACGCGGGGGACGCGGGGACACCGCCGGGCACCCCCCCGGGCUCCCCCGCGCCCCCCGGCGUGGAGCUGCACCUGCGGGCCGGGUCCCCGAGCACCGGGACAGCCCCGGCGCCGCCCCCGGGGGACGCGCGGCUGGACGGCCACGCCCGUGUCCCCGUCACCGCCUGUGUCCCCAUGGCCGGGGCGGCGGCAGCCACAGAAGGUUCUGGAACAGCGCUGGGACCGUGCCCGGAGCUGGCAGGGACCGGCCCUGUCCCCCCGGCCCCGGGGCUCUGUGCCAGGGACCCCCAGAGCCACCAGCCGGGGGGCACCAAUGGGGACGGGCCUGGCGGUGACAGCGAUGGUGACAACGACCUCGAGCUCAGCACGGGGACGGUGGGGAGCGCCGAUGGCCACAGCGAGCUAGGAUCUGCAGCCACUGCCCUGGGGACAGCAGUGACACCGACCCCCCUGGAUGAGAGGGACGCUGCAGACAGUGACAUGGUGGCACCAGUGACACCGACCCCCCUGGAUGAGAUGGACUCUGUGGCCAAUGACGUGGUGGCACCAGUGACACCCAGCCUGAUGGACUCGGUGGACACGGACCUGGUGGCACCAGUGACACCCAGCCUGGUGGACUCGGUGGACACGGACCUGGUGGCACCAGUGACACCCAGCCUGGUGGACUCGGACCUGGUGGCACCAGUGACACCAACCCCCCUGGACGAGAUGGAUGCUGCAGCCCCCAGCCCGGUGACACCCAGCCCGCCUGACACUGACAUGGUGACACCGGGGACACCAAUCCCAUUGGACACUGCAGAUGCUGAUGUGGUGACAGCCAGCCUGAUGGACAGCACAGCCCCCAGCCCGGUGACACCCAGCCCACCUGACGAGCAGGACACUGUGGCCACCGAUGUGGUGACACCAGGGACACCAACCCCGCUGGACACUGCAGAUGCUGAUGAGGUGACAGCCAGCCUGAUGGACAGCACAGCCACCAGCCUGGUGGCACCCAGCCCGUUGGAUGCUGCAGCCCCUGAUGGAGUGGCAUUGGUGACACCAAGCCCGCCAGAUGAGCCAGACACCGUGGCCACCAGCUUGGUGACACCAGUGACAGCCAGCCCUCCAGAUGAGCCAGACAGUGUGGCCACCAGCCUGGUGACGCCAGUGACACCCAGAACACCACAUGAGCUGGAGGAUACCAUGGCCAUGGACCUGGUGACACCAACCCCACUGGUGACAGCCAGCCCCCUAGAUGAGCCCGAUACUGCAGCCACCAGGCUGGUGACACCAGUGACACCCAGCCCACCACGUGAGCUGGACAUCACGGCCACUGACCUGGUGACAGAGGUGACACCCAGCCCGCUGGACAAGAUGGAAGCUGUGGACGCUGUCCUGGUGACACCAGUGACACCCACCCUGAAGGAUGCUGUGCCCGCUGACUUGGUGACACCAGUGACACCCGCCCUGAUGGCCACUGUGGCCACCAGCCCGGUGACAUCGCCCCCCAUGGAUGAGAGUAAUGCUGCAGCCAAUGACCUGGUGACAUCGGUGACACCACUCCCCAUGGAUGAGAGUAGCACUGUGGCCACCAGCCUGGUGACAUCGGUGACACCUGCCCCGAUGGCCACCACGGACGCUGCCCCGGUGACCCCAAGCAUGAUGGACACCAUGGACACCGAGACGGUGACAUUGGUGACACCGAGCCCCCAGGAUGAAACGGCCACCGUGACCCCCGACCUGAAGGACACCGUGACCCCCGACCUGAAGGACAUCAUGACCUCUGCUGCAGUGACCCCCGACCUGAAGGACAACGUGACCCCUGACCUGAAGGACAUCAUGACCUCUGCUGCAGUGACCCCCGACCUGAAGGACAUCAUGACCUCUGCUGCAGUGACCCCCGACCUGAAGGACAACGUGACCCCUGCUGCAGUGACCCCUGACCUGAAGGACACCGUGGCCCCUGCUGCAGUGACCCCUGACCCGAGGGAUGCCAUGACCCCUGCUGCAGUGACCCCCGCCCUGAAGGACAACGUGACCCCUGACCUGAAGGACAUCAUGACCUCUGCUGCAGUGACCCCUGACCUGAAGGACAUCAUGACCUCUGCUGCAGUGACCCCCGCCCUGAAGGACACCGUGGCCCCUGACCUGAAGGACACCAUGACCUCUGCUGCAGUGACCCCCGACCCGAGGGACACCGUGACCCCCAGCCCGAUGGAUGCCGUGGCCACCACCCCGGUGACCCCCAGCCCCCCGGGCGCUGUCCGUGCCCCGUGUCCCCCUGCCCGGGCCGUGUCCCCCGUGGCGCUGGCAGCCCGGGAGCGCCCCGCUGUCCCCGCGUGUCCCCUGGCACGGGCGCCGCUGUCGCAGCCCCCUGAGGAGCGGGGGGACGCGGCCGCCGCCCCUGCCGAGGGUUCGUCCCGCACCGGCCCCGGCUCUGUCACCGUCCCCGCGGGGGGAGCGGCCGUGCCGAGGCUCUCGGAGCCCGAGGAGGAGGAAGAGGAGGAAUUCACGGCCUCGGAGCGGGAGGUGUUCGUGGGGGCCCCCCCGGCGCCCCCCGAGCCGCUGCCACCACCCGGUGCCUUUUCGGGGCGCGGGGCCGGCCCGGGGCAGCAGGAGGAGGAGGCCGUGGGGGGGGUCGCCCCCGGCCCCCUCCCCGCUGCGGGGCCGCCCCCUGAGCCCCCCCGCCCUGCGCCCCCCAAACUCAGCCAAGUGCCUCCCCCCAGGGCCCCCCCCGGCCAGGAGCCCCCCCCGGGGCUGCCCCUCUCCAGGAAGCACCUCGAAGCCCCCCAGAACCCCCCGCAGAAGGAGCCGGAGCCCCGGGGCCGGGCGGGGGUCGCGGGGGCGGGGGCGGCCCGGGCGCCCCCCCGGGGGUCUCUGCAGUCCGAGUCGAGCUCGUCCAGCGAGGCUGAGCCCCCCCGGCCCCCCCCGGCCCCCCAGCGCUGCCAGCCCAACCACCGAGGGUCCGGGAACGAGUCCGAGAGCAACGAUGAGUCCGUCCCGGAGCUGGAGGAGCCCGAGGGCUCGGAGCUGCCCCCGGCCCAGCCCCAGGUGCCCCUCGGCCACGGCCUCGGGCCCGGGGAGGAGCCGCUCAGCAAAGCCAAGCAGAGCCGCAGCGAGAAGAAGGCCCGAAAGGCCAUGUCCAAGCUGGGGCUGCGGCAGAUCCACGGCGUCACCCGCAUCACCAUCCGCAAGUCCAAGAACAUCCUGUUCGUCAUCUCCAAGCCCGACGUGUUCAAGAGCCCGGCCUCCGACAUCUACAUCGUCUUUGGGGAGGCCAAGAUCGAGGACCUGUCCCAGCAAGUGCACAAGGCGGCGGCCGAGAAGUUCAAGGUGCCCCUGGAGCACUCGGCGCUGGUGACCGACGCCGCUCCUGCCCUGGCCAUCAAGGAGGAGAGCGAGGAGGAGGAGGAGGUGGACGAGACAGGCCUGGAGGUGCGGGACAUCGAGCUGGUGAUGGCCCAGGCCAACGUGUCCCGGCCCAAGGCUGUGAGAGCCCUGAGGCACAACAACAACGACAUCGUCAACGCCAUCAUGGAACUGACCAUGUAGCAGCCGGGGGUGUCCUGGCCCCCUGUAGAGAUGCACAGAGCCCCCCCAGACCCUUCCUCCCGCCCCCCAUCCUCCUCCUGGCCCCUGGACUGCUCAAUAAAGGCCUCCUGCACCCCUUG